UCAGGUAAUUACUCCCUAAAAGAAUCAAUAAAUAAAAGAAGAUCAUGCAGAAAAGGGUUUGCUGCUAUGAGUAUCCAAUUGACAUGAAUACGCAAGACCAUUCACCCACGAUCAAUCAAGAAUUUAAACCCACUCUUCUAUGUAUAGAGAGACGAGAUAAAUGAGUAAAUUCUUUAGUCAAGAGCAGUUGACAAUAUUUUUCAAAGAGAUAAGAUAACAAAUAUCGAGUGCGUGAGAGAAAGAGUAAAAGAAAUGAAAUGGACAAGGUGAUUAAUUUAAAAAAGUGUAACGAAGUUACUAAGGAAAGUUAUUCUUCCAAAUAUCGUACAAAAAUGGGCUUCGCACACUCGGAAAAACGUCAGUGGCUAACCGCAGUGAUAAUGUAUAUCCUAUUUUGUGUUAUUAUGGAUCUUAGAUUGCAUUAUCGAAUGCAAAAUUACAGUGUACGAGUGAUGAACAAUGCCAGUGAAGCCAUUUAUGUAUCGAACAUUAUCCCAUGUGAUUUGGAUCCACUGUGUGUUGUUACCAUAAAAGGACUUACAUUAGAUUACAUAAACUUCUAUAUACUUGGCCCAUUGGCUGGACUAACCGAGAAACUAAUGAGAUUGAGCCAGAGCACGUGGGUAUCGCCCAAUCUGAUAAGUGUAACUCACGUGCUUGUUGCUAUUGUAGCUGGACAAUUGAUCAGUAGAAAAUCACUGAUGCAUCGCCGACUCGGAGUUGUGGCAUUUCAAGUUAGAUCAUGGCUCGAUGAUCUGGAUGGUUUUGUGGCUAGACAGAUACAUCAUAUUUAUGGUGAACAUUCCGAUGUUGGUAGUACAGGAUAUUUUGUUGAUGCAAUCUGUGAUACACUUGGUACAGCUGCAUUAUUGAUUGGUAUAUUUAUUUAUCUCAAGAACAAUAUGCCAAAGUACUCGGGUUAUAUGAAAUUAGAGCCUAUAUUGCCUGUUGCUGGUAGCCAAGUAGGUUCGUGCGUUGUUCAGAAGAAAAAAAUACGUCAUAUCAGAGUUAUACCAACUAUUCUACUUGUUACCGGGGAAUUGAUAAUAUCCAGCGCUUUGUGGAAUCGUUACAUUGAUCUUUAUCAAAAUCUUCUUGAAUCAGAUAAUCUUAGUGUUUCCAUAACUCAACAAGAGUUGUUCACCAAACAAACUCAAGUGUUACGACAGAACUCGUUGUUGAUUACCACUACACUUUGGCGACUUAUUAAUCCUCAUGCAUUGACAGAUUAUUUGUUGGCUGCGGUAUUUGUCGAUCGUUUGUGGUCUUACAUGCAUUCCAUCCGGUGGAUUGGGUAUAUUUUUAUAUUCGUCGUAGUUUAUUAUACGGAGUUUCAAUACAUGCAGAGUAGUAGGUUCAUUAUGGAGAUGGGAACUCCUGUUGUUUCAGAAAUUAAUGCUAAUAGUACUGUGUCUUAAUACUAUUAAUUUUUCCAUUGUACAGAAUAUACAUGUAAAAAUUAUAUAUUAUUAACUGUAAUAAGAAACAUGUUUUUGUACGUAUAUAAUCUCCGUUUUUGAAUAUAUAAUUAAUUUUUCCAUACAAUGAUUUUUGUUUGUUCGUACAAUGCUUUUAUACACGUAUGAAAUUAUUUUUUUUAUUCUAGAGUUAUAUCGAAAACAUGUUUUCUGCUCUUCACGUAGUUCUAUUAUCUUGCGGAAAUCAGGAAACAGAUUUUGAUUUUACUGUAUGAAUUAAUAAUAGCAUAAUACUCAUGUAAUUAUUCCGAAGAGAUUAAAUUUUAUGGAUUAAAACAUUUAAUCGAAACAUCUACUGCUUGUGAAACAGAAACAUGCAGUAAUUGAGUUUUUUAAGGAAAAAAAAUGUAGGGAAAACGCAUGGCCCAAAGAUGAUAAAUGAUUCAUAGAAUGCCAAUAGAAUUCCAACAGUAACGCAAUAAAAAUUCAUUCUAAGAAA